CUGUCAAAAUUGAGUUUAGCCUGCAUUUGUGUACUUGAAAGCGCGUUCGUAUAAAUAUUUUUAUUUAACUCCAAGUUUCAUAUUUAAGUUGUAAAAUAAUACUUUGAACUAUGUUGAACCUACUGAACAAACUAACAAAUUUAAAAAUAAAUAUAACGCACCUGCUUGAAUGAAAUGUUUAUUGGAAGUUGAAACAAAGGUUAGGAUGAGGAGUAUUAUUAAUAUUUUAAAAAUCUUUGUCGCUUUUUUUUAUGACUAUGCACGAGGAUUAUCGUACGCUAUCAUUACGAUUUUGAUUUUGGGUUACUGCUUACACCCAGCAAGAUUUGCAUCGCAUUACACUUUUAUAAAAACAGAAGAUAUUUACGAUGAAAUGGAAAGAUCUUAUCCUGCAAGAGAUAAUUCGUGCACGAUCAUGAUUAAUCCGCGCAGAUCUCAAUUGUUUUAUCCCGAGGAACAUCCUCGAGAAGAUCCCGUGGCAAUGGCCCGACGUCUGGGUAUAUUACCUGGAGGACAGUGGAAACCUCUAAAUUGUCACCCUCUUUUCAACGUAGCCAUUAUAUUACCAUAUAGAAAUCGUCAAACACAGCUGACUAUUUUUAUGAAUUAUAUUCAUCCCUUCUUGCAAGCUCAAAAUCUUGAUUAUAGAAUAUUUGUGAUAGAACAAAGUCCAAUACGUGAGUUUAAUCGUGCUAAACUUUUCAAUGUUGGAUACGCAGAGGCGACCAAGGUGAAUGAUUUUCACUGCUUCAUCUUUCAAGACAUAGAUUUAAUACCUCAGAAUCUGGACAACAUUUAUGCCUGCACUAAAAUGCCCAGACACAUGAGUUCAAGUGUAAAUACUUUCCGUUACAACUUACCAUACAGUGGUUUGUUUGGUGGUGCAAUUGCAUUAACUCGAAAACAGUUUGAAAGAGUUAAUGGAUUCUCUAAUGUUUUCUAUGGAUGGGGUGGAGAAGACGAUGAUUUUUACAGUCGUUUACAAUCAAAAGGCCUUCAAGUUACACGUUUUGGCCCUGAUAUUGCUCAAUAUUACAUGUUAAUACAUAAAAAAGAAUCUCCAAGCAAUGCUAGAUUUGAAAAUCUUGAGAACGGUGCUAAAAGGUAUGAUACCGAUGGAAUCAGUAAUUUAGAAUAUAGAGUUCUUAAUCACCAAUUAAGACCAUUAUAUUCUUGGAUUUUAGCAGAUGUUUAGUUUCCUUUACCAUCUGUUUAAAAGUGUUUACUGCAAUUUAAUUUACUUCCCUCAAAGAACUGAAAAUAAUUCUUAUGAUAAUUUAAUUUAUAGAAUUGUUAUACUGAUGUAUAUUCCUAAUAUUUAUAAUUGUAGCCAUUAAAUUAUUUUGUAUACCAUUUUUAUAUUAUCAUAUUUUUUAUUUGCACAAUUCUGUGAAAAUCUGAGAAUAUAAAUCUUUUGAUAUUCUGCUGUGUCAAACCAAAGAUAUAAGAAUAUGUUUAGGGAAGAAUAAAUUGUAAUUCUGCGCAAUUGGAGAAACAAACUAUUAAUCAACAUAGGAUGAUAAUGUUGUUUAAUUGAUAUUAAAAUUCCUUUCAAAUGUAAAACUUUUAUUAAUAAUUUGUUUUCUAAAUAUUACGUAAUGUAUUCAAAAAACAAUGUAAACAUAUUUCCUAAUUAUGUUCCUCUUUGAAUUAACGAAAUCUUGGUUUUUUAAGCAAGUACAGAUUUAAUAGUACAAAGAUACUUUUUACAAAUAGAUUAUAGUUUGCUUCUCUAUUAAUGUCCUCUACAUGUCAAAAUAUUAGCAACUGAUAUUGUAAUCGCAUAAACAUUUUUCUAACACAUUAGUAUUAAUUUAAUUGUUUAAUAGUCUUGAUAUUUCUAAGUAUAGUAUUUAUAUUGACUGAAAAGAGACAAACAUACCAUUAUCAUUAAAAUAAGACCAGUUACUUCUAAUAUUCAAGUCAGUGGAAACCUAAAAUACAUUAAGUUCGAAACUAACUAAAUAUAAUUGUAACAGAAAUAUUUCAAAUAAUUGUUGAGCCACUAGUAUUAGCCUUAAUUGAUUUUUGAGUAUUGGUAAUGUGAUAAAAAAAUGUAUACCGAAAUGUAAAAAAAUUUUUAACUCAUAUCUAGCGCAAUGGAAUAAAAAAUUUUUGAUCAUUGAAAAUAUUUCACUUGUCUAAGUGUAAAUACAAGUGUUCCAAUAGAUAUUAAUAUAUGCUUCAAGAACUC